AUGUCGCGUUCGCCCUCUCCCGGCAGCGAUGAUACGCUCACUCUGCGAGCUCUGGUCAGCACAAAAGACGCCGGCGUCAUCAUCGGCAAGGGCGGAAAAAAUGUUGCCGACCUCAGAGAACAGACCGGCGUCAAGGCGGGCGUCAGCAAGGUCAUCCAGGGUGUCCAUGAACGUGUCCUUUCCGUCACCGGGCCAGUCGAGGGUGUCGCAAAGGCCUACACCCUGAUCAUCCAGCAGCUCGUCGCCGCAAACCCCACGUCCCCGAUAUCCAUCUCCUCCCCGUCUUCCACCCACACGUCCAUCCGCCUUCUCAUCUCGCACAACCUCAUGGGCACCGUCAUUGGUCGCAACGGUCAGAAAAUCAAGGCUAUCCAGGACGGCACCGGCGUACGUAUGGUUGCGUCCAAGGAAAUGCUUCCGCAGUCCACGGAACGUAUCGUCGAAGUCCAGGGACCGAUCGAGGCCAUUGGGAAUGCCUUGCAGGAGAUCGGAAAGUGCCUUCUGGAAGACUGGGAGAGGGGCCAGGGCACCGUCUUCUUCCAUCCUGGUGCCGCGGACGACCGAUCCGGAGGAGGCAGACGUUCAUCGACCGCCUAUUCAUCCUCCAACUACAACGGUGCCGGCCGCCGAAGUAACGGGGACGCCAACCGUGGGCGUGGGACUCCCCCUUCUCCCGGAUCACCGUCAACACAACCCGCGAACUUGAGGACCCAGAAUAUCUCCAUUCCUUCUGACAUGGUCGGCUGCAUCAUCGGUCGUGGCGGCUCCAAGAUCACGGAAAUCCGCCGUCUGUCUGGUUCCAAGAUCUCGAUAGCCAAGGCACCCCACGACGAGACCGGCGAGAGGAUGUUCACCAUCGUGGGCACUCCCGAGGCAAACGAGAAAGCCCUCUUCCUACUGUAUAACCAGCUGGAGAGCGAGAAGGAGAGGCGCGUCGGGAGAGAGCAGCAGCAGCAAGAGAUGCAAGAUUAG